CCUUCUCUGGUGGCUGAGUAUGCCCGGUUUGGCUCGCCCAGCGCAGAAAUGGCAGAGCAGUCUGACAAGGAGGUGAAGCACUACACCCUGGAGGAGAUUCAGAAGCACAAGCACAGAAAAAGCAUCUGGCUGAUCCUGCACUACAGGCUGUAUGAUUUGACCAAGUUUCUGGAAGAGCAUCCUGGUGGGGAAGAAGUGCUGAGGGAACAAGCUGGAGGUGAUGCUACUGAGAACUUUGAGGAUGUUGGACAUUCUACGGACGCUCGAGAGUUGUCCAAAACAUACAUCUUUGGGGAGCUUCAUCCAGGUGGCAGAUCAAAGUUAAUCAAGCCUUCAGAAACUCUUAUUAAUACUGCUGACUCUAAUUUCAGAUGGUGGACCAACUGGGUGAUCCCUGCCAUCUCAGCGCUGUUCAUAGCCCUGAUGCAUCGCCUCUACAUGGCAGAAGACUAAACAGCGUCUCGGAAGCCAACGCAAGAAAUGACUGCU